UUGCUAAAGGUGAUUUUGCUCUGGUAAAGUCACUGAUUGCGGCCCGGCGGCUCCCCACGGCGAGCGACAGGGCCACGACCGCAGGACGGCAGGAGGCGAUCGGCGCUGCGGCGGCGGGGGCGGAGGCACCCUUCUUGUUCUGCAUCUCCUGGAGCGCGGACCAAGCGUCGUGGUCGUGGUCGGCUUCUUCGCACCAUCCUUGUAGCCCGUCGCCGCAACCGUCCUCGCUCCCUCAGGCCUCAGUUCCGCUCUCCCUCUUAGAGGGCCAUUAUUACUACCAAAGCAGAGUCACGCGAGCCAGAGUCCAGAAUCUUCUAGAAGCGUCUGGAGGACUCCCACCCGGUUGCCAUCCAUGGCGGAGAACCUGGCCCCCGAGAAGCGCCACACCUUCGUGCACAACGGGCAGAAGGUGUUCGAGUGGGACCAGACGCUGGAGGAGGUGAACAUGUACAUCGAGCUCCCCAAGGGCGUGUCCACCACCAAGCUAUUUCACUGCACCAUCCAGGCCAGUCACGUUGAGGUCGGCAUCCGCGGCAACCCGCCAUACCUCAACCAUGACCUGACGCACCCUGUGAAGACCGACUCGUCGUUCUGGACAAUAGAGGAUGGUGAGAUGCAUAUCACACUGCAAAAAAGGGAGAAGGGGAAAACAUGGUCAUCUCCAAUACAAGGGCAAGGAAUUUUGGAUCCAUAUGCUGCAGAUCAAGAGCAAAAGCGGCUUAUGCUCCAAAGGUUUCAAGAAGAGAACCCAGGGUUCGACUUUUCACAGGCUCAGUUCAGUGGAACCUGCCCUGACCCAAGAACCUUCAUGGGAGGAAUACACUCCGAGUGAAGCUCCCUACCUGCCUAUGUUACUGAUAUAUCCCCAGCGUCUUGAUAGAUGCAGCAGUGUGUUUAUUCUAUCUGUAAAUCGUUGGUGUCUAUCAUGGAAAUAAUUGUUUUUUUGACAGAGUUGGCAGGAGCUCUGCCUAUUCAUUAAGAGGAAUCAUGGAAAUAUUUGUGAUGUGUGACCAUUUUGUGUGCAAGGUCAUUAGCUGACUGUAAACCUUUUUGGCAACCUUUGCGUGCUAAAUUCUAGUUAUAGUUGUGAUCA